AUUCCUCUAAUACUUGGAGCCCCUGACAUAGCUUUCCCCCGAAUAAAUAAUAUAAGAUUUUGACUAUUACCUCCAUCAUUAAUCUUACUAAUUUCAAGAAGAUUAGUAGAUUCAGGGACAGGGACAGGUUGAACAGUUUACCCCCCUUUAUCAAGAAAUCUUGGACACUCAGGACCCUCUGUUGAUUAUACAAUUUUUUCUUUACAUAUAGCAGGAAUUUCAUCAAUUCUUGGAGCAAUUAAUUUUAUUUCUACAAUAAUUAAUAUACGACCAAAAGGAAUAAGAUUUGAACAAAUACCUUUAUUCGUUUGAGCAGUAAAACUAACAGCUAUUCUUCUUUUAUUAUCUCUUCCAGUUCUAGCAGGAGCAAUUACAAUAUUAUUAACAGAUCGAAAUAUAAAUACAACUUUUUUUGAUCCUUCAGGAGGAGGGGAUCCAAUUCUAUAUCAACACUUAUUUUGAUUUUUUGGACACCCAGAAGUUUAUAUUUUAAUUUUACCAGCCUUCGGAAUAAUUUCUCAUAUUAUUUCACAAAAAUCAGGAAAAAAAGAAACAUUUGGAACUCUUGGAAUAAUCUACGCAAUAAUAACAAUUGGAUUAUUAGGAUUUGUAGUUUGAGCACAUCAUAUAUUUACUGUAGGUAUAGAUGUUGAUACACGAGCUUACUUUACCGCUGCUACAAUAAUUAUUGCAAUCCCUACUGGUAUUAAAAUUUUUAGAUGAUUAGCAACACUAUAUGGAUCUAAAAUAAAUUUUAGAUCAUCAAUACUAUGAACAUUAGGAUUUAUUUUUUUAUUCACAAUAGGAGGAUUAACAGGAAUUAUACUUUCUAACUCUUCAAUUGAUAUUAUUCUACAUGAUACAUAUUAUGUUGUUGCACACUUUCAUUAUGUCUUAUCUAUAGGGGCAGUAUUUGGAAUUAUAGCAGGAUUUAUUUACUGAUAUCCAUUAUUUACUGGGAUAACAUUAAAUAUAAAAUGAUUAAAAAUUCAAUUUACUAUUAUAUUUUUAGGAGUAAAUAUAACUUUUUUUCCACAACAUUUUUUAGGGUUAAAUGGAAUACCCCGACGUUACUCUGAUUACCCAGAUGCAUUUACAAUAUGAAAUAUUAUUUCAACAAUUGGGUCAAUUAUUUCUUUUAUUAGAGUAUUAUACCUAAUUUUUAUUAUUUGAGAAAGAAUGUCAACACAACGGCAAAUUAUAUUCAUAGAAAUUACAAAUUCAUCUAUUGAAUGAAAACAAAAAUUUCCUCCUUCAGAUCAUAGAUAUGAAGAAAUUCCAGGAAUAACAAAAAAAUUCUAUUAUGGCAGAAAAAUGCAUUGGAUUUAAACCCCAUAAAUAAAGUUUUAAACUUUUUUUAGAAAAUGAUAACCUGAUCAAGAAUAAAUUUUCAAAAUGCCAAUUCACCUAUCAUAGAACAAUUAAUCUUUUUUCAUGAUUAUACUAUAAUUAUUUUAAUCUUAAUUACUGUAUCAAUUUUAUAUUUAAUAUUAACUAUAAUAUUAAAUAAAUUUACUAAUAAAAACCUUUUAAAUAAACAAAAUAUUGAAAUUAUUUGAACAAUAACUCCUUCAAUAUUAUUAAUCUUUAUUGCUAUGCCAUCAAUUCACCUACUAUACUUAACAGAUGAAAUUAAUAAACCCCUAAUUACAAUUAAAACAAUUGGACAUCAAUGAUACUGAAGAUAUGAAUACUCAGAUUUCAAAAAUAUUGAAUUUGACUCUUAUAUAAAUAAAUCAAUUAAUAAAAAUUCUUUUCGUUUAUUAGAUGUAGAUAAUAACACAAUUAUUCCCUUAAAUACACAAAUUCGAAUGAUUGUUAGAUCAAACGAUGUAAUUCACUCUUGAACAAUUCCUAGACUAGGGAAAAAAAUUGAUGCAAUUCCAGGUCGAUUAAAUCAAAUUAGAUUAUUAAUCAAACGACCAGGUUUAAUAUUUGGACAAUGCUCAGAAAUUUGUGGAGCCAAUCAUAGAUUCAUACCAAUUGUUAUAGAAAGAAUUCCAAUAAAUUAUUUUUUAAAAUGAAUCAAUUCAUUUUAAUU